UCUUUCAGUGUUGGCGGGUAUCUGGAUUGCCAGUCUGCUGUAGGGUCUGCUGGCUGACAACACAGACACUUCAUCGCUCCACAAAGACUCACAUUAUCAAGAAAAUGUCUGAGUGUUACAGAAACAGACGACGUGACGCUCACGACAGCGAACAUGAAAACAGGAGCUAUGGGCCGUCUCGGUGGUCCAGCUGCAGGAAACGAGGGGUGGAUGGGAGCCUGCGGGCCAACAGAGAGGCAGAGGAUGAUGGGAGGGAAAAGGGUCGGCACACUGACAGAGACGAUGACAGACCCUCUGACAACAGACAUGCUAAUUUCGUCACUCCAGAGAGCACGGGCCCCACAUCUCGUUGUGGCAGACGGGCCGACUGGGGCAGUCAGGUGGAAGACGAUGAGAUAAGGAGGGACGUACACAGAGACAUGCAGCGUUACAGGAGGAGGAUACUGGCUGCAGAGGUCACCCAGAGAGAGAGGAAGACCUCCUCUGGCUCUUCUGGGAGCUGUGACUCAAGAGAGGGAGAAAACAUGGAGACUGACGAGGCUGUGUUGCUACGGCGACAGAAACAGAUCAAUUAUGGCAAGAACACGCUGGCCUAUGACCGAUACAUCAAAGAAGUCCCAAAACACAUGCGUCAGCCGGGUGUCCACCCAAAGACUCCCAAUAAGUUCAGGAAGUACAGUCGUCGCUCUUGGGACCAGCAGAUCAAGCUGUGGAAGGUCAAAUUGCACGCCUGGGACCCCCCAGCAGAGGACGGCCAAGAUGCAGUCAAUGAUAACAUUGACGAGCUGGGUCUCAAUGUAAUGGACAUUGAGCUGGACUUCCCAAACCUGCCAGACUCCCAGAAUCCCCCAGCCUCCCUCAACACACACAGCCUGUCACUGGAGGAUGACGACUGUAUGGGAACUCCAGUUAAAGUACAGAAGACAGAAGCCACAGUGGAGCCUGACAUGGCAUAGCUCUCAUGGAAAAGAAAACACGUCGAUACACUUCUCAAAAAGUUUAGCCGUUUCCCCACCGACACUUUGACUCCUGGCAGCCCGCCAUGUUACCCAGAGUGACUCUGUUCCUGGUACGAGCUACUUGAUCUGUUAAAGCAGCGCUGCGCUCGCAUGGCCUCUCGGUGCUGUGUCGGUGUCCCAGCCGGGUGUUAUUAGUUCAGCACUGUAACAUUCUUUGUAUUCUCCUUCCAUUCAUACUUGUGCUUCUGAAUCCAUGGGGCAGGACCUUUUACACACAUCCUGUCUGCUCAGGGAAUCUUCUUCUAUGGCAAGAUUUGACUGUUUAAUAUUGGUGUUUGCUAAACACUUGUAGCACUGAUCUGAGGCGGGAUAGAGCUCACAUCCAGGUUUGCUGAUGUCCAUUAUGUCCCAGUGUCAUAUCACAUCCUGCUUAAUAACAUGUUCAGUUAGUAGUAACUUACAUAGUAACUCACUGAACUCUGAAUAGUUUAAUGGAGAUAAGCAAACCAAAGGUGAAGCAUUUUCCUUUUAAUGAUUCUUACUGACAAGACUUCUUUCCCAAGAAUGUACCAUUUUAAAUACUGCAGAGCAUUUCUUCAUUUAUAUGGGGCUGAUGUGUUUUUAUUUGGUUUGUUUAUUAAUGCAAAUGUUGCUGUGUUUAUUGCUGUUUCCUUCAUGGUGACAACUUUCAAAUAAAAAAAAACAAAAACA